AUGGCGUCCACGUGUCUGACGGUCCUGCUGGUGGCCACCCUGCCCCUUCGUUCAAACCUUUCCCUUCCUCAAAAUCCUCUUUCCCCGCGUUCUCCGGCCCCGUCCGAUAUCUUCUCUCCAGGGGCCAGCUCCAACCCCGUCGCCUGCUCGUUCCCCUUCACCUACAAGAACAGAGUCCACGCGACCUGCAUCACAGAGGACGCCGGCGGCCGAUUCUGGUGUGCCACCACGCCGAGCUACGACACCGAUCGGGCAUGGAAAUACUGCACCCUGAAAGAGCACGGUGGAAACUCCGAGGGCCGCCCCUGUGUCUUCCCCUUCAAGUUCCUGGAGCAGACGCGACACGGUUGCGUGCGCGAAGACAACCAUCCCCGGGCGGCCUGGUGCGCCACAACCGACGACUACAACCGGGAUCGGCUGUGGAGCUUCUGUCCCGACAUCAGUAACGGAGGGACCGGGGGAGGGCGGACACAGGGGCCACGCUGGGAAACGAGAUAAUGGCGAAGCAGAGCAGACGGAGAGACCGGGAGGGGUGGUGGCUGGGGAGGCCAAUCAGUCGUAUUUAACGAGCACUUACAGUGCGGGCUAAGGGUUUGGGAGAGGACGAUAUGACGGAGUUGAGAGAGACGUUCCUUGACCACAACCAGCUAACAGUCUAGAGGGGGAGACAGGUGUUAAUGGAAAUAAAGAA